AUGUCUUCCUCCAACAAUCCCGACAGAGACCCCGAGCACUCGGACGAUGAAGUCCUCAACCAAGACGAGGUAGACGAGGAGAUCCAGGUCGACGACGACGACAUGGUCAUGGACUCGGACGGCGAGGACGACGAGGAGCUGAUCCUGCACAACGACUCCAUCGCCUACUUCGACAAGCACAAGGACUCCGUCUUCGCCAUCGCCCAGCACCCCGUCUACCCCGCCCUCAUCGCCACCGGCGGCUCCGAGGGCGACGCCGACGACGCCCCCGGCAAGGGCUACGUCCUCGACACCUCGGCCGCCCCCUCGCGCCCCGUCCUCCCCGCCAGCUACAACGCCGACCCCACGGACCCCAGCGCCGGCCAACGCCCCGGCCUCGAGGCCCUCUUCGAGAUCGACGGCCACGCCGACUCCAUCUCCGCCCUCGCCUUCACCUUACCCAAGGGCCAGGUCCUCGUCUCCGGCGGCAUGGACGGCAAACUCCGCGCCUACGCCGUCGACGAAGUCCCCGAAGUCAACUGGAUCACCCCUUGCCCUUCCCCGGACUACCCCAACACCUUUGCCAUGGGCGCCGUCGACGGCUCCGUGUGGGUGUACACGGUGGACCUCACCGACCGCGCCGACCCUUUGCAAAUCACCCAGUCCUACUUCCUCCACACCGGCUCCUGCACCGCCGGCGCCUGGACCCCCGACGGCAGCCUGCUCGUCACCGUCUCCGAGGACAUCACCCUGUACGUCUGGGACGUCUGGGGCCUCGCCGCCGCCAAGGGCCUCGGCAGCGACAACGGCACCGCCCUCUCCCUCACCGGCGCCGACCAGCGCUUCGCCCCCCAGCCCGCCGCCGCCCGCGGCAAAGCCAAGGCCUCCUCCGCCGAAGCCUCCGCCGGCGGCCAGAUCCUCGCCUCCCUCGUCACCCAGGCCGACACCGUCGAGACCCUCUCCUUCUCCACCUCUUCUCCCACCACCACCACCACCCCUGCCGCCGCCGCCGCCGCCCAGGCGACCCUCCUCGCCUCGGGCAGCGUCGACGGCAGCAUCGCCAUCUUUGACGCCUCUCGCCGCUUCGCCGUCCGUCGCCACAUCCACCACGCCCACGGCGAGCACGCUGUCGUCAAGGUCGACUUCGUCAAGGGCCAGUGGCAGCUCACCUCGUGUGGCAUGGACGGCGUCGUCCGCAGGUGGGACCUACGUGCCGGUGCCUCCGCCGCCGACAGCGCCCUUAUUAAAGAGUGGAAGGGCCAUCGCGGCGAUGGCGAGGGCGGUGGUGUGCUCGGUUUCGUGCAGGGCGAAACGGGGAGAGAAUCGUGA